CUCCACCAGAGCCCGUAGUCUCUUUGGAAACUUCUGCCGGGGAAAAGAGCUAGAGAGGAGCUGCAAAGCGGUGUGGGGUUUUUCCUUUUUUUUUUUUUUUUUUUCCCUUUCUCUUUUUUAAUUACCCCCUCCUCCCGUUUGCACCCUUCUCCCGACUUCACGCAAAACCUGCGAAUUUCGAAGAGGUGGUGGCAGAGUGGGAGAAAAGAGGUGUCAGGGUUUUUGAUUUGGGUGUUUUUUCUUUUUCUUGAUUUUAACAUUUCCCCCACCCUCUCGGCUGCAGCCGCUGCCUCUUACCUGUUCCGCGGCAGCCGCGUGCCGCUGGCAACUGAGCAUUAGAAAGGUGCAGGGUUUUCCAUAGAUUUUAAACAAUUUUUUUUUAAGCAAACCCAUUUUUCUCCCCCCCCAACCCCUGCCCCACAACCUCCGACCCCAUUCCGGUGGUCGUUUUGGGGGUGGGGAUAAUUUGGGGUUUUUUUCCCCCCUGCAAGUCUGACCGGGUCGAGCUUGGGGACUGUUUUCUCCAGCCCCCACUCCCUCUGCCUGCACCUGACGCUGCCCUUUUCCCCCCAACCUGUUGCAAGCCUUUGAUCCUUGCAAUCGGGACUUGCUUGCAGGCACCCCAACUCUCCCUCUCUCUCUACAUUUUGCAAUUGUCUAGAGGAAGGGCACCUGCUCUACCUGCUAGAAACUUAAAAAAAAAUUUCUCCGGGCGCGCUCCUGGCCCCUUUCUCCCAGCACCCUCGCUCUCCUGCCCCGCCCCAAGGUAAAGGGGGAGACUCGGAGAAGAUGGUGCUCACCGCGAUCCUCCUGCUGCUGGCCGCCUGUGCUGGGCGGGCCCAGGGUCUGGGCUCCUUCGUGCACUGCGAGCCCUGCGACGAGAAAGCCCUCUCCAUGUGCCCCCCUAGCCCCCUGGGCUGCGAGCUGGUCAAGGAGCCCGGCUGCGGUUGCUGCAUGACUUGCGCCCUGGCCGAAGGGCAGUCGUGCGGCGUCUACACUGAGCGCUGCGCCCAGGGGCUGCGCUGCCUCCCCCGGCAGGACGAGGAGAAGCCGCUGCACGCCCUGCUGCACGGCCGCGGGGUUUGCCUCAACGAAAAGAGCUACCGCGAGCAAGCCAAGAUCGAGAGAGACUCCCGCGAGCAUGAGGAGCCUACCACCUCCGAGAUGACCGAGGAGACCUACUCCCCCAAGAUCUUCCGGCCCAAGCACACCCGCAUCUCCGAGCUGAAGGCCGAAGCAGUGAAGAAGGACCGCAGAAAGAAGCUGACCCAGUCCAAGUUUGUGGGGGGCGCUGAGAACACUGCCCACCCCCGCGUCAUCUCUGCACCUGAGAUGAGACAGGAAUCUGAGCAGGGUCCCUGCCGCAGACACAUGGAGGCCUCCCUGCAGGAGCUCAAGGCCAGCCCCCGCAUGGUGCCCCGCGCCGUGUACCUGCCCAACUGUGACCGCAAAGGAUUCUACAAGAGAAAGCAGUGCAAGCCUUCCCGUGGCCGCAAACGUGGCAUCUGCUGGUGCGUAGACAAGUACGGCAUGAAGCUGCCAGGCAUGGAGCACGUCGGGGACUUCCAGUGCCACACUUUUGACAGCAGCAAUGUGGAGUGAUGCGUCCCCUCCCCGCCCCACCUCCCCUUGCGCCCCUCCCGCCCCUAGCCCCGGCUCCAGCCAGCGCCUCCCUCCACCCCAGGACGCCACUCAUUUCAUCUCAUUGAAGGGAAAAAAUACAUAUAUAUAUCUUUUUGAGGAAA